AAUGAACGCUUUGGAGCAUAUCAGGGCCAUCAUCAUAUUCUGUUACACAUCCAGGCGGGAUAAGAAUAUCGCAAAGUGGUGGUGGCGAGAAAAGAGAGACACACCAAAAAGAAGAAGGACGGAUGUCGCCGAAAUAGCGCAUUGUAAUUACACAUCGCGUAUAAGUGGUGGAAAAGGGGAAGUGCCAGAGUGUAUAUGCAAACCAAGCACAGUUGUAUAGUAGACAGAAACGCACGUGCUGGUGUACUGGAGUGUCAACAAAGAGGGGGAAAACCGGGAUUUCGGCGGAGAAUCGAGAAAUAACUGAGAAAAAAUCAUUCUGAGUAUUGCAUUUGAGGAACAAGGAAGCGAUUCAAAAUGCCUCGUACAACUUUUGAUCGUUCGAACGUGCAAGGUGGCAAGCAAUGGGGACAGGCAAAACAAAAGCAAGUGGAAGAGAUAGAUGACGAAAUCGAGACCAUUAUCACACAAAAUGUUUAUCCAGAGGUUGAAGAAUUAGAAGAGAAAUUAGCAGCAUAUAAAGACCAAUUUAUAACAUACGAUCUCGAUGGCAGUGGAGACCUCGAUGACAAUGACGUGAGGGUGAUGAUGGAGAAGUUGGGUCAACCAAAGAACCAGAUAGAGAUCAGAAAGAUGAUCAAAGAAAUUGACCUUAACGGAAGUGGAACCAUCAACUACAAAGAGUUUGUACAUAUGAUGCUGGGCGGCAAGAGCAGCAUUAUGAGAAUGAUCCUCAUGUUCGAGGAGAAGAUGAAAGCAAAAGAGAUACCCACUGGCCUACCCCCAAAGAAAAGCUUCUCAGAUCUUCCUUGAAACUGAUCCACAAUUAAAUCAAUAUGCAAUUUCAUUCGGCUAUAAUUAUUUUAUUUUAUUUUCUACAUUUUAGGCUGCUCCACAUCUGUAUAUAUCACGUAAGGGUGUAUAUAGGGGUAUAUGGAGUGUAGGGUGCAGCGAAAUUGACUAUCAAUGUGUGUUUCUUUUAUUUGCAUGUCUCAAUAAAUCUAGGCCCCCGUGAACCAGCCAUAUUUCUGCAUGGUUAAAAUAAUGCUAUGUGUUUGAGAGGUUUUUCGACUUGUUUGUCUGGAAAUGGAGCAGUAACAAAACGCUAGACAUUGAAAUCCUUUUAAUAAUAUAUUUUUUAGAUAGUUUUACCUGAGAUGUAUAACUAUUGUUGUUCAUGUACUGUAAAUGGCAAUCUGUCAUAUCUGAUUAUUAUCGCCAAUAGAUAUUCAUAUUUGUUUACACAUAGAUUUUUAAUAAUACAAUUUAAUUAAUCACUCUCUCAUUUUUAUCUUAAAACUUAUGAUAAUUUUUGUGUCAUUUUUAUCGUCAUUCCACGUUGAGUCUUUUAUAGGGGAUAUCACAGGGUCUUAAACUUACUGGAAAAUGAUUAGAUGUUUAGGACCGUCUCUCUUGAAUAUUUAUGAAGAAAUCGAUCGUGUAUAGAUAUACAUUAUAAAGCUUAGCUAAGGUCUAUAGUCGCUUGUAGUAUAUACGAACAUUUUAUUUUGCUCGAUGAUAAUUAUGUACAGUUUGUAUUUAGGUAUGAAGCAAUUUCGUAAAAUCAGGGACCUCUUUGGAAUGAAUGCUAAUUCAACAAAAUCUUGGUUGUUGCAUACCAUCUUGAUGUCUUAUAUCCGUAAAGUACAAUGUUAUAGUUGUUCAAUUAUGACGUAAGCGAUGACGCACCUAAUACUUCCAGAUUUUGAACAAUGAAUUCAAGGUUUUUGAGAAUAUGAACAAGGUUUUGUAAAUGGGAAUGCAGAGUCAUGCUAAAAACUUGAUGUGUACAGUGGCAUAGUAAGGAUCCAGCCAUCGACGGGAAUUGGUCCGACCGAGGAGAAUCGGUCCGACGAUGCGGAUGAAUUGCAAAUAAAUAAGGCAGUCGGUUAGGGGAUGGGUGAGGGAGAGUCUUUUCAUGUUCCUUUUUCUUCUUACCCCCUCCUUCUUUCUCAUUCUCCUUUUCCUUUCCGUUUCUUUUGCAACCGACUAUUGGGGAGGGUGUGGAAGGGGUUCCUGCACCCCUCUUCUCCCUCCUUUUUGCUGUGUCGCUUAUUUCUUUGUUCAAUUAUUUUGACACUUUUUGAUGGCGAGGGAGGGGGGAGGGGGGUAAGCGCCCUACAUGUCCCCUCCCCCCCCCCGCACCGUGGCUAUGUCACUGACUCUGAUUACACUUGUGUGCAUGUUGUUCGAAUGCAAGGCCUCAAAUCCUAUUCAUAUAUCAACAAGAGGUAUAGCAAUAAUAUUUUGUAGACUGGGUAUGAAUUUGAACUUCAGUAUUUCAGUAUUUCCGACUGUCUGAUUUUUCUAUUGAGCUCACAUUGUUCAAAUCAUGUUCAGCCUUAUAAUGGGGUAUGAGAGAAGUAAAUAAUCAUUGUAUUUGUAAAGAAAAA